CAUACAUGACGUUCUGUGCUGUGUAGCAACCUUGUAGGAUGUUACAAAAGAAAAAGAAGAAGCUACGAAGUUCUUUUCGUUCAUCCACGCUGUGACGGCAGCACUCGGCAGUACGUUUGUGUGAAACGAUUACCAGCCACAUCGCUCGGUAACCAUGCCGAAGAACAAGGGAAAGGGAGGUAAAAACCGUCGUAGGGGUAAGAAUGAGAACGAGUCCGAGAAGCGCGAAUUGAUCUUCAAGGAGGAUGAACAGGAAUAUGCACAGGUCACAAAAAUGUUGGGCAACGGCAGACUGGAGGCAAUGUGCUUCGAUGGUGUGAAACGGCUCUGUCACAUCCGUGGCAAACUGCGAAAAAAGGUUUGGAUCAACCAGGGCGACAUCAUUUUGAUCGGUCUGCGAGACUACCAGGAUUCAAAGGCGGACGUUAUUCUUAAAUACACCCCGGACGAGGCCCGAAAUUUGAAGACGUACGGCGAGUUCCCAGAAUCGGUGCGCAUCAACGAAACGGUGACAUUCGUCGAGAACGACAUGGAUGACGACAUCGAGUUCGGCGACGAUUACAGUUCAUCAGAAGAGGGCGAUGCUAUCGACGCCAUCUGAUCUGCACGGCGGACCCAACAUCCGAUCUAAUUUUCACGCCGAGCAGCAGUAGGACUGUUUAACAACAAACUGGUCCACCACCAUUCAUUAACAGCAACGCUACACUACAGAGAGAAAAGGUGCAGAAAUAUUGUGUGUAUUGCUGUGUGUUACAGUAUAAUAUUGUCAGUGAAUCAAAAAGAGGGUGAAAAGAGAGUGAAUCGAGUAUAAGGAGGACGGCACAUUGGGAUAGAUGUAGGAAGCAGUGAACUGUUUGUGUUGUAUAAGAAGUUCCAAAUUUCCAGCAGAGAAGAAAAUCGUUAAUAUAACACAGAAACGUACAUAAACACACAAAA